AACAAUUUCUUACCGUGAAAUAUAUUUUCCCGGAAACUAAAAGCCAGUGAGAAACCAAAAGCUUUUAACUCGCACUUGCUUCAAUCAGAUGCUAAGCCUUCGAUUAAAAGGCUAAUUCCUCGUCGAGCUUACUUCAAUCUAUGCAGCGUUUAACUCGCAGCCUUAUAGCCAAAGCUCGUGCCUCGUCGAUUCGGUUGCUUUUACACGAUACUUCGAUUGAAACCCAAAGGCUCGCCUUGGUUCGCUUCUACGUUUCGGGUUCAGCAGUAGCAGUCUCCUCUUCGAGCCCGAGCUUAUCGAUAUGGAGGCGGAAGAAAGAAAUGACCAAAGAGGGGUUGAUUGCGGCCAAGGAGCUUAAGCGCCUACAAUCCAACCCGGUCCGACUGCACCGCUUUAUCCUCUCCCAUGUCUCCCGCUUGUUAAAGUCUGAUAUUGUAUCUGUUCUCGCUGAGUUCCAAAGGCAAAACCAGGUUUUUCUCUCCAUGAAGUUAUAUGAUGUGGUGCGUAAAGAGAUAUGGUACCGGCCGGAUAUGUUCUUUUACAGGGAUAUGCUUAUGAUGCUAGCUAGAAACCGAAAGGUAGAUGAAUCAAGGCGGGUUUGGGAAGAUUUGAAAAAAGAGCAAGUUUUGUUUGAUCAGCAUACAUUCGGAGACCUGGUUCGAGUAUACUUAGAUAGUGGAUUACCGUCGGAGGCCAUGGACAUAUACGAUGAAAUGAGACGAUCCCCUGACCCUCCUUUGUCGUUGCCGUUUCGAGUAAUCCUGAAAGGGCUCAUUCCUUAUCCGGAACUGAGAGAGAAGGUCAAAGAUGAUUUCUUGGAGCUUUUCCCGGACAUGAUUGUGUAUGACCCACCAGAGGACUUGUUCGAAGAUCGAGAGUCAAGAAGCGAGAGUGAAGUCGAGUAGAGUUUGCCGGUCAUUUGCUUAAGAAUGGAUAAUAGGGUUUUGGGUUAGAAGCCGAUGCAAGGUAAGAGAGGCACACAACAGUAAGCAUAUUUGGAUGUUAUAGUUGAUAUUCAAAUUCAUUGCAAGAUAUCCUAUCCCUUUAUGUGUCAUGUGUAAACUUAAUAUUUUUCAUAAAUUUUGGUUGAAUCAGUUCAAAUUAGAAAA